AUGGCGCCUCACGUCCUCAGUACCUCUCCCAUCAUGGAUGGCGGACGGACACACAAGGCAGUUGCCAAGCCACCUCCUCUAAAAGAAGCAAGCAACAGCGAUCUGAAAACUCAGCUCGCUUUGCUCUUCCACGAAAAUAAUCUUGCAAAGCUCAUGGGUGUGGCCGAAACACUCCUUGAGAACAAUGAUCCUCCCACCAGAUUUCCGGAGACAGUACCACAAUCAGGUACUGACCAAGGCGUGUGCCGAUGCAGAGACGCUGAAUUCUGGACUUGCGGCUUUUUCCCCGGUAGUCUAUAUUGCUUGCUUGAACGUGUGAGGAAGUAUCCGGGCACAAGCUUGCCCAGCCUCUCAGGGGAUACACAUAUAGAAUCUGGUGAAGAUGUGAGGGGAAGUCGGAAUUACGAUAUUCUUAUCUCUCAACUUACCGAUCUGUGUCAAAAAUGGUCAGAGCCAUUGCACGCCAUGUCCCUUCGAAAAGACACCCAUGAUAUCGGAUUUAUUAUCCAGCCUGCGCUGCAAAGACACUGGGAGCUCUUUGGAAACAAACGGAGCUUGGACUCUAUUCUUACCGCAGCUGAAAGCCUCGCCACUAGAUUUGACGAUCGUGUCGGGGCGAUUCGAAGCUGGGACCGAUUUUCCAAUGCCCACCAUGACAUCAACAGCAUGGAUGAUGACUUCUUGGUGAUCAUAGAUAGCCUAUGCAAUCUUGACCUACUAUUUUACGCCGCAAACUAUCUCCGUUCUGAGCGCCUACUAUCUAUAGCAUCUACUCAUGCUACUACUCUACUAUCUACGCAUCUCCGAGUCGAGUCCGGGUCGAGCGGUGACAAGCGUUACUCUACAUAUCAUGUCGUGAACUUCGCUCCAUCGGAUGAAGGGAAUGUCAAACAAAAGCUCACCGCACAAGGGUACUCUGACACCUCGACAUGGGCCCGUGGCCAAGCAUGGGCGAUCUUAGGAUACGCUCAGACAUAUUCCUGGACUAAGAGGCGAGAGUUUCUUGACGCUGCUAAGGGGCUUGCCGACUACUUCAUACAGCGCAUGGAAUCAUCCCCGGCAGUAGUGGAACAGGAAGGUCGGGGGCGCUACGUUCCGUUAUGGGACUUUGACGCACCGAUCACGCAUACAGGCACCAACGGUGAUCAGGGCCCGUUGCGGGAUGUCUCCGCUGGAUUAGUCGCUGCCAACGGGAUGCUGAUUCUGUAUGGACAGCUAGCAGGAAUGGGGGAACUAGUGGCGGCUAAGCGGUACUUAAGCUAUGCGCUGAACAUCGCAAAAGAUACCGUGGAACUCGCAUACAAUCGUGAUGAGAUGCAGUUGAGGCUUUGCGAGCAGGACGGGGUUACGAAGAUUCAAUCAUACGAGGCUACCAAGGGCCAUCGCUUCGAUGCACUACUUGAGAAGUCCACGGCGAAUUUCAACGGCAACCACCCUGAUCGUGCUUGGGAUCAUGGCUUGGUGUAUGCGGAUUACUACUUUCUUGAGCUGGGGAAUCGCCUUCUAGACAUGGGGUUAGUUUGA